AGAAGACGGCACGUGGGCUCCAAGACCGACACCGAAAUACGAAAUUACACAAAAAAAUAUUCCUAAACAAAACGAAACUAAUAUAAAUAAUAUAAAGAAAAGAAAGAAGAAAGAAGAAAGAAAAUAGAUCCAGGGGAUAUAGACUAGACAAUAGUCUAAAACCCUACAAAAGAAGAAAGAAGAAGAAGAAGAAGAAAUACGAAUUUCUUAUUACUGGCUCUAAGGACUUAAUUAAACCAUGAAGAUGAAACGCCCAUAUUUCCAAGAGAAAUCAUUAAUGCCGAGGGUUAUUAAGUAUAUGGAAGAAAAUGACAGUUACACUGUUAUGGAGAUGACAGACUACUUGAUAAAAACAUACCGUGAAUUUAGAGGAAAAAGCAGGAUGGCUUUCAUGAACAGUGUGGACAAAGCUUAUCAGUGGCAGAAACAACGGCUGAAAGAGAAACAAGAAGACAGUUUUUCUGAAGACAUAGAGGAUAGUGAUGGUGGAGGCCCUGACAUCAUUGAGGUUGAAACACCAAAGCAGGAAGCAAAACCUUUCAAAAAAAAGCAUGCCAAGAAGUACCCAGCAUCACCCUCAUCAACAAGUACUCCCAGGUCCAUACCAAAAAUGAGAGAUAAUGACUUCUUUGUCAUUGACACUACAGGUGGUGAUAUUUCUCUAAAUGGCAUCAGAACCCCAGAGGUGCAGAAAAGUGCCAAGGUGAAAAGGAAAAAGGAGAAAGAGAUGGAUGUAGAAGGAAAUAAAAGGAAAAAAAGAAAACAGUUGCAGCCAGAAACGCCAGAAAUCACAUUUGCCGAGAUGGCUGGCUUAGAAUUGCUGAAAGAUAAAAUUUGCGACUUGCUUGCAAAUCUCCGAUGGCCUGGAAUUUUACAGCCUCUCCAGAAGUCAGUGCUCGUCACAGGCCCAACAGGAAGUGGAAAAACUACCUUUGUCCAAGCACUGGCUGGGACUGCUGAGGUUUCACUAUUACGCAUCACAGCAACUGAAUUGAUUGGUGGGGUCUCAGGAGAGAGCGAGGAGAAGAUCACAGAGGUGUUUGAGCAAGCAGCCUCACUCGCACCCUGUGUGCUUUUGAUAGAGAAAAUUGAAGUUGUUGCUCCAAAGUUGGUGUCAGCAAAGAGCAUGGAGAAAAGAAUUGGGGCCCAGUUUUCUUCAUGUCUCAACAAUCUCAAAGUCAAGCACAAAGAUACAAAACUGUUGGUGCUGGCUGAAACAAGUUAUCCAGAAAACCUGGACUUGGAUCUCCGUAGCAGUUUUGACUCUGAGAUAUUUAUGAACAUUCCAACAGAGCCAGCCCGAGUGAGGAUAUUGCAGGUGAUGUGUGAUAGAAUAUCUUUUGAAGGGAACUUUGAAGAAAUAGCCCUAAGAACUCCAGGCUAUGUUGCUGGAGACCUGAAGAAGCUGGUAGAGAAGUCUCAGGGAUUAGCAUGGAAGAGGAGAAAAGAUUGCCUUUAUGGAAAGACAGAAGGUGCAACCUUGAUGGAAGAAGUGAAUAGUUUUCUCAAACAGUUUGGAGAAAUGUGUGAAUCGGAGGCUCCAGAUUCCAUGGUAACAGUCAAUAUGGAAGACUUUUUGGAAGCACUAUUGCACAUAAUCCCAGCGUUGAAAAGAGAAGGCUUUCCUACGGUACCAGAUGUCACGUGGAAAGAUAUUGGAGGAUUGGAAGAUAUAAAAAAAGAAUUAAGGGAGAAGAUUUUGGAACCUAUCAAAUAUGCAAAGCUUCAUGAGGAGUUUGGUGCAAGUCGACCCAACGGAAUACUGAUGUGGGGGCCUCCAGGAUGUGGUAAAACCCUUCUAGCCAAAGCGGUGGCAAAUGAAGCAGGAAUCAACCUUUUGCCAGUGAUGGGUCCUGAACUCCUCAAUAUGUAUCAAGGUGAGAGUGAAAGGGCAGUGCGAGAGGUCUUCACAAGGGCACGCAACGUAGCUCCAUGUGUGAUUUUCUUUGAUGAAUUUGACUCUCUGUGCCCUGUCAGAAGCAAAGGAGCUGAGAGUGGAAGUAAAACAACAAUCGUAAAUACACUGCUGACAGAGAUGAAUGGCUUCUCAAAAAGAGAAGACGUCUACGUUAUUGCAGCAACAAACAGACCAGACAUCCUGGACCCUGCUGUGACUCGACCAGGGAGAUUUGAUACCCUGCUCUAUGUGGAUGUCCCUGAUCAUGAGGGAAGGGUGUCCAUCUUUCAGGCAAGAACUAAGAAUGGAACUUGUCCUCGGUGUGCCCCAGAUGUUGACUUUGCAGAAAUUUCUCGCCUGUGCAACAAUUUCUCAGGAGCUGAUUGUGACCAGCUGGUGUAUCUAGCUAGCAAAGAGGCCAUCAGGGAAGUUAUUCAUGGCUCCCAAGACAUCUCCUCUGCAGACAGUGGUGAUAAAGAACCCAAGACGCGUUUGGUUGCAAAGCGCCAUUUCUCUGCUGCCUUAAAGAAGAUCAAGCCAUCCAUUAAACCUGAGGAACAAAAGCGUUACAAGAAACUUAAUCUGAAGAUGGGAACUGCUCCUCUGCAAGAGUCUGUAGGAGGAACCACUCAUGAUUCAAGUUUUAUUGAUAUAGAUAAGGAGUCUCAGCCAAUGGAUAUUGGAGAUAAAGAGUGAAAUUAUUAUUGCUAGUAUUGUUAUUCCUGACAGAAAAACUCUUAACAUGCAAUAAGCUUAUUUAUUUUGAGUAUUUUAGUUUUUUCCAGCCAUUGCAUCAGAACAAUAGUGUUUUGUUUUCCAUUCUUUGUUGUAGUUAUUAUUAUUAUUAUUAUUAUUAUUAUUUUGAUUAUUAUUAUUAUUAUUAUUGUUAUCAUUAUCAUUAUCAUUAUCAUUAUCAUUAUUUUAAUCAUCAUUAUUAUCAUUAUUAGCAUCAUCAUUAUCUGUCAUCUUCAUCAUCACCGUCAUCAUUAUCGUUAUCAUUAUCUUCAAAUUUGUUUCCAUCACAAGAAAACUCAGAGUACCAAGCGUCCCUAUUAAUUGAUUUAAUACAUUAAAUGAGGUAAUUAAUGUACUGUAAAACAUGUUUUUUGAAGGGUUAAGGUUACAGAGUUAAAUUUCUCAUAUCCUCAAAUAAGCUCUGAAUGAUAGAUGGAAUAAAGGAACUGCAGAAUUUUAGGGUUUUGUUUCUGAUAAGAGGAGGGGCUUUAGAGCAUGAAGGCAAUUAUGACAGCUAUCAAUCACUGAAAUCAAGAUUAUUUUAUACAUGUCUCGGUUAUUUUACAUGAUGGCUCAGUAGUAUGCAAAGUAACUGUUCACUAAUUUUUAUGUAACUCAAGGAGUAGUAAUAGCAUGUAUGAUAGUUUUGUAUUGUAAAAGUUUCUAAGGGAGAUGUAUUUAUUUUCUGUAAAAGGACAAUUUUUUCUGUGACCUUUUGAUAGUAACUUCCUUCCUUUAAAAUAAAACAUUGUCAAAAUAUA